AUUGAUGCUGCAUCAUCGCGUAUGUCAUAUGCACCUUCUCUCUCUCUCUCUCUAACAUAUAUAUACUCUCUGUAGUCAAGUUCUUUUUAGUUUCUUCAUACAUAAACCUAGUUACUCCUAUUACGACCACGCAGAUUUAGUUCUAUUUAUUCGAUAGCAAUGGCUAGGAAGAUGCUUAUCGAUGGUGAAGCUGAGUUGGGCAAAGGUGUAGAAGAAGGGACGAAUUUUGACUUUGACUUGUUUAUUAUUGGGGCUGGAAGUGGUGGAGUUCGUGGCGCCAGGUUUUCUGCGAAUUUUGGAGCCAAGGUGGGGAUUUGUGAGCUUCCAUUUCAUCCAAUUAGCUCAGAAACAGUUGGAGGAGUCGGUGGAACGUGUGUUAUUCGUGGUUGUGUUCCUAAAAAGAUUUUGGUCUAUGGAGCAUCUUUUGGAGGUGACCUUGAGGAUGCCAGGAAUUAUGGGUGGGAAUUGAGUGAGAAAAUUGACUUCAAUUGGAAGAAGCUCUUGCAAAAGAAGACAGAUGAAAUAAACAGAUUAAAUGGAAUUUACAAGCGGUUGUUAUCCAAUGCUGGGGUUAAAUUAUUUGAAGGCGAGGGAAAGAUAGUUGGUCCAAAUGAAGUUGAGGUGACACAAUUGGAUGGCACUAAACUAUCCUAUUCAGCGAAGCACAUAUUGAUUGCAACUGGCAGCAGGGCCCAACGUCCAAAUAUUCCAGGACAGGAGUUGGGUAUAACAUCUGAUGAGGCACUAAGUUUAGAGGAGUUUCCUAAACGUGCUGUGAUUCUUGGAGGAGGCUAUAUUGCAGUUGAGUUUGCAUCUAUAUGGCGAGGGAUGGGUUCCACUGUCCAUCUAGUUUUCAGAAAGGAACUUCCACUGAGAGGUUUUGAUGAUGAAAUGAGAGCUGUAGUUGCAAGAAAUCUUGAAGGAAGGGGAAUUAAUUUGCAUCCAAGGACCAAUUUGACACAGUUGAUCAAAACAGAGGAUGGCAUUAAAGUUAUUACAGAUCAUGGUGAGGAGCUCAUUGCUGAUGUUGUACUAUUUGCCACUGGUAGGGCUCCUAAUUCUAAGAGGUUAAAUUUAGAUGCUGUAGGUGUUGAACUUGACAACACUGGAGCAAUAAAGGUGGAUGAGUAUUCACGGACCAACAUACCUAGCAUAUGGGCUGUGGGUGAUGUAACAAACCGAAUGAAUCUUACUCCAGUUGCCUUGAUGGAAGCAUCAUGCUUUGCUAAAACAGUAUUUGGUGGGCAACCAAGCAAGCCAGACUAUAGGGAUGUCCCCUGUGCAGUGUUCAGCAUUCCGCCACUUUCUGUAGUUGGUCUCAGUGAGGAGGAGGCAAUAGAGCAAACCAAUGGUGAUCUGUUGGUUUUCACAUCGACUUUUAAUCCAAUGAAAAAUACUAUCUCUGGGCGACAAGAAAAAACUGUUAUGAAGAUUGUUGUUGAUGCUGAGACAGAUAAGGUUCUUGGAGCUUCUAUGUGUGGACCUGAUGCACCUGAAAUUAUACAGGGUAUUGCUGUUGCUUUGAAGUGUGGAGCUACCAAGGCACAGUUUGACAGCACGGUAAGUUCACAGCUUUCUUUAUUGUGUACUUCUCUUCUGCCUCCUGAGGGCAAUGAUAUAAUGGCAUCUAGAAUUAGCUUAACAUUUCUGAUAUUUGCUCAAGAAUGUUGUCUACAUUUAAGUAGUGUUGGAAAAUGUAGUGUAGGAAGGUAUAUGAUACAAAUAGUGUUUCGAAACAUAUGAUUGUGAAUUACUGAGAUGAAGUAAAAAGAUUUUUAACAGAAGAGGACACAUGAGAUAAAGAAACUUGUGAAUUAUGAUAUUCAACAAUUAAAAGUACAAAUUGGAAAGAGAAACAAACAAUCGUUGACUGAACACCACAAGAUUUACAGCUUAUAAUCAUGACCGGCAGCUACAAUAUGCAGAGAUAAAAAGGGUUCUAGACUACUGAGUCGGUCUCAAAGAAUAUUAGAGAUAACAGGAGAGCCAAUUUUUUUCUCCGUUAUGCAAUGUUUUCUUUAAUUUGCACUGAGCAAGGGAGGAUAGGAGGUGGGCAUGGGUCUUGUGGAAUUUUAACAAUCGUUUCAAUUUAAAUAACCUUUGUGGUGGUUGCAUUGUGAUUACUAUAAUUGCGAACAAUUGCAGAAUUUUACUGCAAUUGCAUUUGCAAUGCGGUUGUGGAGACCUCCUAACUGCAAUAUUGUGGCUCCAAAUGCUGUUGUAGACAGCAACUUAUUUUUGCUCACACCAAAACAAUUUCAAUUUGAGUGAACAAGAAUAUUGUUGAUUAUCCCAAUAAUUUAACUGGUAAAAAAUGCAUUAUAACAAGUCGUCGUCAUUGUGAAAUCGUAAUUUCUUGAUGAAGAAAUAGUUGUUAUUGUUUGAUAAUUGAAGGAUCCUGUGCAAAAC